CUUCCUCUUCUUCUCCGACUUCUUCCACUUCCCCUCCUCCCUCUCCUCCACCAACACCAACACCAACAGAAUAAACAGAAGAGAAAAAAAUUGAGAUCUGGGAAGCAGAAAAUUGGAGCAGGGAAGGAGAAGGAAACGUGGUGGUGAGGAACGGGCGGAGCAACUCAGCUGGCCUGGUAGUGGCGCUGGCGACGUGGCAAUGGUCAGUACGCAGUGAAAUGGAAACAGGGGUUUUGCCCUGUUCUAACCUUCGAAGACAGUGGGAGGAACGAUGGAGCAAGGGGAAGGGGAAAGAGCUUCGCACGGAGGGGAGGGGCCUGGACGCCGCGGCGGCGCUGGGUUGGGUCGCCAUGGCUCGUCGAUGGUGGAGGCUACAGGUCAGUGGUUCGGCCAUGGGGAGGUUGGUUCGCGAUGGUGGUUCGACGCUGAGAGGAGAUGCGAGGGGGAGAAGAUGGGCGAUGGAGGAUUUUUACGAUAUUAAAACAUUAAAAAUUGGUGGUCAUUCAGUAUGCUUACUUGGAGUAUUUGAUGGUCAUGGUGGUUUUCGUGGUGCAGAGUAUUUGAAAGAGCAUCUCUUUGAUAAUCUCAUGAAGCAUCCAAAAUCUUGUACUGAUGCCAAAUUGGCUAUAAGUGAAACGUACCAAGAUUAUAGGACUAUAAUAUCGAAGGCUGGUCUCUUUGAGGAUCAUGAGCCAAACAAAAGUGAUGAACGAAAGAGGAAUUGA